UUUCGCGUUUUAUUGUAACAGUUAAAUUUCCCCUAAUUGGGUAUUAACAGAACGUCCAAUAUUAAAAAAUAUAUAUUUUUGGUGACGUAAAACUGACAGCGGUUUGCGUCCGGGGUGCGUUACGAAGCAAAAGUAAAUUUGACAGUGGUCCCCCGAACAAAAGUGUUAUUAAUGAAAAAUGACUAGUACGAUGGCUCCUGCCGACAUAACCGACGUCGAAAUGAAGAACGCCGACAGCCCCCCUGGCCUGGAAGCGGGCGACAGCAAGCGCACCAUCGAUUUCCAAAACUUGGUGGAGAUCCGUGAGCAAGCCCGGCAAAUCGAAAAGGCAGUCACCAACAAAGAAAACCGCUUCAUUUUGCGUGUCCUGCGGUGCUUGCCCAACACCCGUCGCAAACUCAACGGUGCUGUACUUAAAGGUUUGGUAAAUCAGAUCUACCCAGUCUCGGAGCGCGACGCCCUGACUGAGUACCUGGAGGACGUGCCCGCCGGGCUGGAGCUGGAGACGGGGCGCGCGAGGUCCGCCACCAAGUCCCCGGUGCCCGAGGUGGACGCCUACAUCCACCUCCUGAUCCUGGUCUACCUCAUAGACACCAGCAAGCUGACCGAUGGGGUAAGGUGCUCCCAAGCCUUGAUGAACAAAAUCACGGUCCAAAACCGCCGAAGCCUGGACCUGAUCGCCGCCAAGUGCUAUUUUUACCACUCGAGGGUUGCGGAGCUGACUGGAAAGUUGGACUCGAUUCGGGCGUUCUUGCACGCGCGUCUGCGGACAGCCACCUUGCGGAACGAUUUCGAGGGACAGGCUGUUUUGAUCAAUUGCUUGUUGCGGAAUUAUUUGCACUAUUCGCUCUACGACCAGUCCGAUAAGUUAGUUAGCAAAUGCGUUUUUCCCGAAACUGCCAGUAACAACGAAUGGGCGCGAUUUUUGUACUAUUUGGGGCGCAUCAAGGCAGCGCGGUUGGAAUACAGCGUGGCCCAUAAACACCUAGUGCAAGCCAUGAGAAAAGCACCGCAAAAUGCGGCCGUUGGGUUCCGACAAACGGUGCAGAAGCUGCUGGUUGUGGUUGAGUUGCUGCUUGGGGACAUCCCCGAGCGUCAGAUUUUCCGUCAGGCGAGCAUGAGGCACUCGUUAGCCCCCUAUUUCCAGCUCACUCAGGCCGUCCGGAUGGGGAACUUGCACCGCUUUGGCGAAGUUUUGGAAAAUUUUGGGCCCCAGUUUCGCCAAGAUCACACAUUUACUUUGAUUCUUCGCUUGAGACAUAACGUAAUUAAAACGGCUAUUAGGGCGAUAGGUUUGUCGUAUUCGAGGAUUUCGCCGCAAGAUAUCGCCAAGAAGUUGGGCUUGGAUUCGGCCGAAGAUGCAGAGUUUAUUGUGGCGAAGGCGAUCCGAGAUGGGGUUAUUGAAGCGACUUUGGACCCUGAAGGGGGCUAUAUGAGGAGUAAGGAGAGCACUGAUAUUUAUUGCACGAAGGAGCCGCAAUUGGCCUUCCAUCAGCGGAUUUCCUUCUGCUUGGAUCUGCAUAAUCAGAGUGUGAAAGCGAUGAGGUAUCCGCCCAAAGCCUACGGAAAGGAGCUCGAAUCUGCGGAGGAACGUAGAGAGAGGGAACAGCAGGACCUGGAGCUGGCGAAGGAAAUGGCGGAGGAGGACGAUGAUGGGUUCCCUUAGAUAGGAGUGUGUGGUUGAUUUUUGCAAUGUUGCUUUCGACUGUAUUUUAUAGUUAAAUAAAUUUGUGUAUUAA